AUGGUUGCAUCCAUCCCGAACGACAUCUUCCAAUUCUCCACAUGGACAGCUGUGCAGAAGGGCUUCAGCACAGGCCAACCACGUGCAGCAGACCUUACGAGCCAUGGCACUGACGGCAUCGGAGUUUUCGAGCACGGGUACCUCAUGCUUCUGUUGAACCGUCAAGCCUACGCCAUCUCGCAUGCGGGGAACGCAACACCGGCUAUGGCAAAUGACCGACUUUGUUUUGCCAUGGUCACCGUUUUUCAGCCUUUACGCCUUAUCGAAAUUGCACGGGGAACUUCGAUGAGUUACACGGGCUUGGAAGAGUUGCUAGCGUCAACCGAGGCACUGCCUGCCGUUGGGGGCAUGAAUUCGAUUCUGCCAUUUAAGAUCAAGGGAAUAUUCACUAACGUAAACCUGUUGCUGAAGAAUUCCACGCAAAAACGUCAGGUGAAGAGGAUGAAAGGGACUUUAUUCGGAUACAGAGUCCCAGCUUGGAUGGAGAGCAUCAGUGGGCCGAAAUUGCACUGCCAUUUGAUGGGUGUAGAAAGCGACAACGAUGAUCUGACCACAGGAGGAAGGGUUGAGUCUUUCGAGGCGGUAGUCGAUCCUCAUAUCGGUGUCGGAAAGUGUGGUCGGUUCCACUUGGGAUUUCCUCAAGGGGAGGCUUGGGAAUCUGUGGCGUUAGCGUGA